AUGCCCACAAGCACAGACACGAAGCCACUGCGCAUCUCAAUCGAUCGAGGCGGGACCUUUACGGAUUGUAUUUGCAAAGUCGAGGGUGGGGAGGAUAUUGUCGCCAAAAUCCUGUCGGUGGAUCCGAAGAACUAUGCGGAUGCGCCGACCGAGGCAAUCCGUCGCGUCCUCGAGAAAUACUACAAGUCCUCCAUUCCGCGAGGAACAGAGCUCGACCUGAAAGACGUCGAAUGGAUUCGAAUGGGCACCACGGUUGCAACAAAUGCCCUACUCGAGAGGAAAGGCGAGCAGACAGCCCUACUGAUAACUGAAGGCUUCAAGGAUGUUCUUCAAAUCGGUACGCAAAGCCGGCCACAUAUGUUUGACUUGACCAUCCGACGGCCGCUACCCUUAUAUUCAAACGCCUUCGAAGUCAGAGAGCGAGUGACUGUGCAGGCUUGCAGCGACUCGGAUCUCCGAAGAAUACAUCUGCCAUCCCCUGAGCCCGUGGAACAGGUCAUGGGAGAGUCCGGGGAGAUGAUCCACCUGCUCCAGCCCCUAGAUCUGGCUAGCACGAGACUUGAUCUCCAGAGAAUCUACGACGGAGGGUUCCGCUCCCUGGCAGUGUGUCUGAUGCAUUCGUACAGCUUUCCGAGGCACGAGCUUCAGAUCCGAGAUCUAGCGCUCGAGAUUGGGUUCGACAAUGUAUCGCUCUCACAUGAGACAUCUGCAAGGCCGAAGCUCAUCCCCCGCGGUAAUUCCACGGUUGUUGACGCAUACCUGACUCCGAGCAUCAAACGAUACCUUCAACAAUUCUCACAAAGCUUUCCCAACAUUGAAGAAUGUCGCACACGACUGGAGUUUAUGCAGUCCGAUGGAGGUCUAGUCCCUUCCUCAAGUCUCUCGGGGCUUCAUUCCAUUCUGUCGGGGCCAGCAGGAGGCGUGAUUGGCUAUGCGCGGACCUGCUUCGAUCCCGAAACUCGGAAUCCGGUGAUUGGUUUCGAUAUGGGAGGAACCAGCACUGACGUGAGUCGAUAUGACGGCCAGCUGGACCAUAUCUUCGAGACCACGACGGCGGGGAUCACCAUUCAUGCUCCACAACUCAAUGUCAAUACAAUUGCCGCGGGCGGCGGCAGUAUCUUGAGCUGGAAGGAUGGACUCAUGUCGGUAGGACCGGAGAGCGCCUCUUCCAAUCCUGGUCCUGCUUGCUACCGCAAAGGUGGUCCCUUGACCGUGACGGAUGCCAACCUCGCGCUCGGUCGGUUGAUUCCUGAAGAAUUUCCAUCGGUCUUCGGUCCGAACGAAAACGAGCCAUUAGACAGAGACAUCGUUCUCCAUAAAUUUAAGGACCUGACCCAGGUCAUAAACGAGGAGACCGGCAUGUCACUUACAUGGGCCGAAGUCGCAGAUGGCUUCCUCCAAGUCGCCAAUUCGGCAAUGUGUGGGCCGAUUAGGAGCUUGACCCUGGACAAGGGCCACGAUGUUGCCAAACACCAUCUCGCCUCCUUCGGCGGCGCGGGUGGCCAACACGCUUGUGCCAUUGCUAGCGAUCUCGGUAUCCGACGUGUGCUCAUCCACAAAUAUUCCUCCAUCUUGUCUGCCUAUGGAAUUGGUCUAGCAGAUGUAGUGCAUGAAGAAGAGCGAGUCUGCACGAUGGCGUUUGAUGAGUCCACUAUUGAGGCUCUCAAUAAUUCCCUGGACAACCUCGUCGAGACUGCCCGACGUAGCAAGACGAUGGAGCCAUUCAACAAUGUCCAAGCUUGCCGGUUCUUGAACAUGAGAUACGAUGGCAGUGAAACCUCCAUCAUGAUACCCUGGGAUAGCCCCACUAGUGACGCGAAAGAAGCAUUUGUAAAUGCACAUCAUCAGCAAUUUGGAUUUACUCCUGUGAACCGUGUCGUGUAUGUGGACACCAUCCGUGUCCGCGCAAUUGGGUGCAGUGUUUUCCAGGAAAGCUCCUCGCGUCUCCAAGCCAAGUCUCUCUCACAUUCUACAUCUGCUACAAUGGAGGCUACCCCGAGCUCGAGAGCUUCCACGUAUUUUAGCUCGCUGGGCUGGGUGGACACUCCUGUCUUUAAGCUUGAUACUCUUGUUGUGGAAAGUCAAAUCCAAGGACCCGCGAUGAUAAUCGACCAAACGCAGACUAUCGUUGUCAGUCCAGAUGCAAAGGCGACCGUCGCUCAAGACAGCUUGAUUCUUGAUAUCGAGUCACCAAACUCCAAGUCGACUAGUUCGGAAACCAUCGACCCAAUUCAGCUUUCUAUCUUCCGCCAUCGGUUCAUGGGAGUGGCUGAACAAAUGGGCCGCGUGCUGCAGAACGUCAGCACCAGCGCGAACAUUAAGGAGCGACUAGAUUUCACCUGUGCAAUCUUCACACCGGAAGGGGAUUUGGUCGCCAACGCCCCUCAUGUACCAGCCAUGAUUGGAAGUAUGGCCUUUGCCGUACGGUCGCAGAUUGCUGAGUGGCAGGGAAAGUUGCAAGAUGGGGAUGUGCUACUUUCCAAUACUCCAGCCUACGGGGGUGUUCAUCUCCCCGACCUAACGGUAAUUAGUCCAGUCUUCGACGCUGCUGGGAAGAAAAUUAUAUUCUGGGCCGCUUCGCGCGGCCACCAUGCUGACGUGGGUGGGAUGCUCCCCGGCUCGAUGCCACCAAUGUCAAAGCUACUCGCAGAAGAAGGUGCUAUCUUCAACUCACACCUCCUGGUUCGUGCGGGUCACUUCGAUGAAGAUGAGCUCUAUCGCGUUCUAUGCGUGGAGCCGGCACGUUACCCAGGCAGUAGCGGGUCCCGACGGUUCCAGGACAAUGUCACUGAUCUCAAGGCCCAAGUCGCCGCAAACCACUGCGGCGCUCGUCUCAUGCAACGGCUCAUUGAAGAGUACUCUUUCCCGGUCGUUCAGGUCUACAUGGGUGCAAUUCAAGAUGCAGCCGAGAUGGCCGUGCGCACUCUGCUGAAGCGUCUCGCGCAUGAGCGCGGUGCAGACGACAUUUCUGCCGUGGACUAUAUGGACGACGGCACCCCGAUCAAACUGAAAGUGACAAUCAACCCUACCGAUGGGUCCGCCAUUUUCGACUUCACCGGCACUGGUCCAGAAGUAUACGGAAACUGGAAUGCUCCGAUCGCAAUCUGCAAUUCUGCGGUCAUUUUUGCCCUGCGCUGCAUGGUCAACUCGGAUAUCCCGCUCAACCAUGGCUGUGUCAAGCCCGUCAAGAUUGUCAUCCCGGAGGGCUCGCUCCUGUGUCCCAACCCGGAAGCGGCCGUCUGCGCCGGCAAUGUGCUGACGUCGCAGCGCAUCGUGGACGUCAUCUUCAAGAGCUUCCGUGUGUGUGCCGCGAGCCAAGGAUGCAUGAACAACCUGACCUUCGGCAACGACGGCGAGGAUGGGUUCGGAUACUACGAGACCAUCGCCGGGGGCGGCGGUGCCGGCCCCAGCUGGGCGGGAACCGGAGGCGUCCACACCAACAUGACCAACACGCGGAUCACCGACCCGGAGUCGCUCGAACGGCGAUAUCCGGUGCUUCUGCGACAGUUCAGUCUUCGUCACGGCAGCGGUGGGGCGGGCAGGUAUCCCGGUGGCGAUGGAGUGAUCCGGGAGCUUGAGUCAAGGCUCCCCAUGUCGGUGUCGAUUCUCUCGGAACGACGGAGCUUCGCACCCUACGGAAUGGCCGGCGGAGAAGAUGGCCAGCGGGGGAAGAAUACCUGGAUCACGAAGGCUGGUCGCCGGGUCAAUGUCGGGGGGAAGAGCUCGGUCCAGGUUCAACCGGGCGAUCGGUUCAUGAUCGAGACCCCUGGUGGUGGUGGCUAUGGAUCCCGUGAAGAGGUGGUCAGCAAAGAAAAGGACGACUCGAUGGUUAUGCCCGCAUUUAUACCCGUGGCUAAUGGCAGUGUGGCUGCAAAUCGGACUCUGGCGGAACAGGUUUAA